UUCAGAAACCAAGUGUUUAAUCAAAUCUUUAUAAAAGGAAAUAUAAAAUAAAAACAAAGAACACAAAAUAAAUAUUUUUAAAAAACAAAUAAAUGUAACUACUUUAUAAAUUGUGUAUAACUAUGAGGUAAAACAGUAAAUAUUAAUACAAUAAAAUCGAUCUGUUAUCGCACAGUAGAGCUUCAUUCUCAUUGGCUACGAACCCCCCUACGUCAGCGCGUAAAACACCACGUCCGCGGCCCCGCCCCCUGACGCUUGUUGCCACAGUAACGGGACUCCGGCGCACACCGAGAGUUUGCUUCGAUCCGGAUAAAAACCGCGUUGUUGCGGGUUUAAACAUGAGCUAACUGCGGGAGAGAGAUGGAGAGACUGCGGUACUUCACUCCCAGCGAGGUGGCUGCUCACAACACUGCGGCCGACCUGUGGGUGUCCUUCCUGGGCAAAGUGUGCGACCUGACCCCGCUGAUGGAGCAGCACUCCGGCGACGCGCUGCUGUUGCCCAUCCUGGAGUGUGCAGGGAAAGACAUCAGCUGCUGGUUCGACCCUGAAACUGAAGACGUCCUGAAGUACGUGGAUCCGCUGACGAACUGCGUGAGGUACUACACCCCCAGGGGGCGCUUCGUGCACGUUCCCCCCGCCGGCCCUCGCUCCGACUGGGACAGCGACAUCGGCCGGCCCUGGUGGAGGGACGAGCGGUUCCAGGUGGGACUGCUGUCCGCCAAAACCAGGUGGAUACGAGUCAUCAACACGCUGACGUCACAGGAGCAGCAACUGCAGGUGUGUUCGGAGGAGACUCUGGCGGAGAUCCUCCAGCGUUACCUGCACUACAACUCCCACGCCUGCAGUUACACCUGGAAACACGGCGGAGCGACUCUGGACAUGAGCAGGACGCUCGCAGAGAACGACGUCCUGGACGACGACCUCCAGCUCCAGCAGCUGCGACUGGACCGAGACCUCUUCACGCCCGCCAUCCUCCUCCACUUCAACGACGACCUCACCGAGGGCUGACCUCUGACCUCAUCAACAUUCAAUAAAAAAAUACCUUAAAAAUCUCAUCCUCAGUCAUAUUGUUCCCAUAUUUAACAAUGAAUGUCAAAACAUUAAAA